UUGUAAUGCAUAAAAGGUGGACUGGAAUGAAAAGGAAGGUACAGCCAAUUAGGAACAGGAAAAGAAAAUAGCAUCUUGAAACUGGGGUGCUGUGUGGGCGGACAGCCCAUGGUGAUGACCCCCAGCAACAGGCUGUGACAUCACCGGGUGACGGAUUGUGACUGCUCAGCCCUCACUGCUCAUAGUGGGGUGCGGGCAGAGCCUGGCUCAGUCUGGCUCGUUCCUGGACCCUGCUGAGCAGCUCUGCGAGGCUUGGAGGUUCUUCGAGCAAGGUUUUGGCUGUGCUGUGCUGGGUCGUGCCUGGGGCUGCUCGCAGCAUCUCAGUGCCUGACCCACAGCAUCGCUUCUGUUUCCCCGGCCCUGCCCAGUGCAGGCAGCUGGGACUCUACUGAGUGCACCCGCAGCAGCGGAGUGAGACACCACCGCUGCAGCUCUGGUGAAGGAGAACAGCUCGUCAUCCUCAGUUCUCCCGGACAGCUGCAGCGAGAGGAACAUGUCUGCAGGAGAGGAGUGGACAUGUUCCAUCUGUCGCGAUGUGCGACAGGACGUGGCCCAUGCAAUUCCAUGUAAUCACACAUUCUGCCUGGGCUGCAUCCAUCGGUGGGCGAAGCUGAGGGACAGCUGCCCGCUGUGCAGGACGGCCAUGCGGACCAUCCGGGUCUGCGUGCGGGGAGACAAUCAGUUCGUGGACUGCAUCGUCUCCCCGCCCGCAGUGCCGGUGCCCGUCAGCUUCAGCACCACCACCGGCCGCAGAGGCGCUGCGGCAUCUGCUCCACUGCCAGCUGUGCAGAGGGAUGUGGGAGCAGCGAGAGUGGGUGGCCUCCUGCCCGAGGAGUGGGCAGCACUCUUCAGGGAGAGACGUGACCUCCUCUUCCCAGUGCAGCCCUGGAUACAGGACAUCUUCUCCCAGAUCCAGGAGCUGCCCUGGUGGCAGAUCUGUGGGCUGGAGAGUGUGAUCCUGGCUCUUCUGUGCCGAGUGGGGCUGAACAGGGAUGCCCUGGUGUACCACGCACAGCCCACCCUGGGACCUAUCACGGCAGCAUUCAUGGACGCGCUCAUCGAAGUCAUCGUGAGCCGGUGCGGCCAGGAGGCCCGGAGGCUGCUGGGCCUCGAAGAUGCCAGCGCUGCCCAGGAGCAGGAGGACGGGCCCGAAGAGCCCAGUGCUGCCCAGGAGCACGAGGAUGGCCCCCCAGCCCCGUCUGGUCCCUCCACAUCUCCUCAGGGGACCGUUGCCCCCAGCACCUCUCCCUCCGGCAGCUCCGCGGGUCCCGACGCGGAGGAGCUCCCCGGCACGUCCAGCGGGGCCCUCGGCAGAGGUCCCGGCGAGCCGGGUUCCGAGGCAGCCGGUCCCUCUGAGCAGGGCCGCAGCCGCGGCUCCUCCUCUCGCGGCCGGGGCAGGAAUCGCUCGGCUGGGGGAUCCCGGCGCCCCACCAAGAGGAGGGCCGGCAGCGCCCAGCGCGCUCCUCUGCCCUGCAAGAGGCGGCGCCACCGGCGCCUCUAAAUGGGGCUUACACGGCUUAACAAUAAAAGAUAAAAACACA